AGCCCAGCCACCCGCCGACAACCCACACUCUUUCGAUGGGAACAGUGGGCGGGGCUCGGCGGGGCUCUCCGCGGGGUCCUAGUGACCGCCGCCAGCGCUCGUUCAGACCUUGGGGGACCAAGACGAGUUCUCUCAGUGCUUCCUCGCGACUCUCCAGUGACCCGCAAUUCGGCAGCAGAGCUGGCGGCUGCCACCCCGCCCCCGCCCGCCAUGAGGGGCGCGCAGUCCUUGCUCCUCCUGUUCUGCUUGGUCGCCCUCUGCGGACGCGGGAAGUGUCGCAUGGCCAAUGCUGAGGAGAAGCUGAUGGAUGACCUUCUGAACAAAACCCGUUACAACAACUUGAUCCGCCCAGCCACCAGUUCUGCGCAGCUCAUCUCCAUCCACCUGCAGCUCUCUCUGGCCCAACUCAUCAGCGUGAAUGAACGAGAACAGAUCAUGACCACCAAUGUCUGGCUGAAACAGGAAUGGACUGACUAUCGCCUGGCCUGGAAUAGUUCUCGCUAUGAGGGUGUGAACAUCCUGAGGAUCCCAGCAAAACGCAUCUGGUUGCCCGACAUUGUGCUUUACAACAACGCCGAUGGGACCUACGAGGUGUCCGUCUACACGAAUGUGGUGGUGCACUCCAAUGGCAGCAUCCAGUGGCUGCCCCCUGCCAUCUACAAGAGCGCCUGCAAGAUUGAGGUGAAGCACUUUCCCUUCGACCAGCAGAACUGCACCCUCAAGUUCCGCUCCUGGACCUAUGACCACACAGAGAUCGACAUGGUCCUUAUGUCACCCAUGGCCAGCAUGGAUGACUUUACCCCUAGCGGUGAGUGGGACAUAGUGGCCCUCCCUGGACGAAGGACAGUGAACCCGCAGGACCCCAGCUAUGUGGAUGUGACUUACGACUUCAUCAUCAAACGCAAGCCACUCUUCUACACCAUCAACCUCAUCAUCCCCUGCGUGCUCAUCACCUCCCUGGCCAUCCUCGUCUUCUACCUGCCUUCCGACUGUGGUGAGAAGAUGACACUGUGCAUCUCCGUGCUGCUGGCGCUCACCGUCUUCCUGCUGCUCAUCUCCAAGAUCGUGCCACCCACCUCCCUGGACGUGCCGCUCAUCGGCAAGUACCUCAUGUUCACCAUGGUGCUGGUCACCUUCUCCAUUGUCACCAGCGUCUGCGUGCUCAACGUGCACCACCGCUCACCCAGCACCCACACCAUGGCACCCUGGAUCAAGCGCUGCUUUCUACACAAGCUGCCCACCUUCCUCUUCAUGAAGCGCCCUGGCCCCGACAGCAGCCCGGCCCAGGCCCCCCAGCCUAGCCAGUCAUUCCUGAUGAAGACCGAAGCCACAUCCUCUGCCACCUCUGCCAUGGGCACUACCAGCCCUUCCAACCUCUACGGGAACUCCACGUACUUUGUGAACUCUGCCUCUGUGGCUCCCAAGUCUCCAGCCAGCUCGGAACCUGCGGGGGUCCCCAGGGAUUUCCGGCUCAGGUCCUCUGGGAGGUUCCGGCAGGAUGUGCAGGAAGCAUUAGAAGGCGUCAGCUUCAUUGCUCAGCACAUGAAGAGUGACGAUCAAGACCAGAGUGUCGUUGAGGACUGGAAGUACGUGGCCAUGGUGGUCGACCGGCUGUUCCUGUGGGUAUUCGUGUUCGUGUGCAUCUUAGGCACCGUGGGGCUCUUCCUACCUCCCCUUUUCCAGACCCACACACCUUCUGAGGGGCCCUAGGCUGCCCAGCAUGUCUGAGGGCCCCUGGGUUUUGGGGUGAGAGGCUGCGAGUGGCCAAGUGCGCAGUUUGUUGUUUCCUUCUGAAUAAUGGCUGGCUGAUGUGGCCCUAAAUAAACAUGUGACCAUCAGCCAUCAACCCCACCAAACCAGCCACAGCUGGGAGCGAGGCAAGGGUGGGGGGCCUGGACUAUUCUCUCUGAAUGCCUUGGAGAAACCCCAGAAAGCCCCAGCUGGAGAGAGGCUUCAAGCAGUUUAAUUACAGUCCAUCUUCCUUCCCUGCACGAGGCACUGGCCUAAAGAUGAGCGUGCUGGGAACACCAGCUAUGCGCUAGGCAUGGAGCUGGCAUCUGGGCCUUCCUCUCAGCCCAUCCUCCUCCAAGUCUCCCGGUCCAGUCCCUCACACAAGUGAGCAUCCUUCCCAGCUCAAUGCCUUUGCCUCUGUGUACCUUCCAUCUGUACCUUCCUCGCCGGUGCUUCCCAAGCUUUUUCCGUGGCUGCAUCAGUCAGGGCCCUGCUCCAGUCCUUCCCGGCUCCCAUGACACCUCCUCCAAGAGGUCCUCCUUAAUCAUCCUUCCUUCUAAAGCAGCCUCCCCAGGACUGCCUCAUCCCACCCCCUUCCUCGAGUGCUCCUCUGCACCCGCAGGUCUGAUGUGCCACAUUGCCACCCACAUCUCAGCCACUGGAGUGUGGGCUGCAUGAGAGCAGGGGGUCUGCACCUUCGUGUUCCCUGUGGUGUCCCCAGGGCCUAGGACAGA